UGUCCAAUUAGCGUAUAGGAUAGUCGCGUCUGCAGAAUAUAAAUCUAUAGACGCGCCAAUCGGAGCUGGGGAACGCACCGCACCGUGACCAGAUAGAGUAGGCUAAAUUGCUUUACUCCGGGAUAAAAUAGUUUGUCAGCGGACAAGGACAAACGCACAGGACCUUCUACACCAAAAUAAAUCAGGCCCUAUAGAGGACGUUCGUUUUCGAGGCGCGUGUCAAUCCAUGGAUGCCCCCGUAUAAUUGCUUGUCAUUUUUUCACCAAGUUGAGGAUUUUUUUUUAAUCCUGCUGGCUCCAAGCCUUUGCAACCGGACUAGUAUGAGAAAGAGCCGCGCGGGGAGAAAGAGCUCUAUGGACAUAUCCAAUGCGCGGACACACCAACGGCUUCUGUAGAUGAGGUGGCCAUGGAGAGAAGGGGCGGCUGCGGAGUACACCACAUCAGCUUUCUGUCUCUCCUGCUCUUCUCCCUGUAUCCUCUAUGCUGCCGAGCCAGCUGGAUGUGGUUGGGAUUAACUUCGGUGGGAGUACCGGAGAAACUUGGCUGUGCAAAUCUUCCUUUGACCCACAAACAGAAGGACCUGUGUAAGAGGAAACCUUACCUGCUACCAAGCAUCAAGGACGGUGCGCGCCUGGGCAUCACCGAGUGCCAGACGCAGUUCAAGCACGAGCGGUGGAACUGUUCGACCACCAAGGAGCUCUCUGUCUUCGGCUACGAGUUAACCAGCGGUACGAAGGAAACAGCCUUCAUCUACGCCGUGAUGGCGGCGGGGCUGGUCCACGCCGUGACGCGCUCCUGCAGCGCUGGCAACAUGACGGAGUGCGGCUGCGACGCCAGCCUGCAGGGCACGGGUUCGCCCACCGAGGGCUGGCACUGGGGGGGCUGCUCGGACCACGCGCAGUACGGGACCUGGUUCAGCAGGAAGUUCAUCGACAACGCCGUCCAUAACGUGUCGGCCAAGUGGGGCGACGCGCUGCUCACCAUGAACCAGCACAACAGUGAGGCCGGGCGACAGGCCGUCGCCAAGACGAUGUCCACCGACUGCCGGUGUCACGGCGUGUCGGGCUCGUGCGCCGUCAAGACGUGCUGGCGCACCAUGGCGCCGUUCGAGCGCGUGGGCAACUUCCUGAAGGAGAGUUACGAGGGGAGCGUGCAGGUGCUGGACCGCUCCAAGCGGAAGGUCCGCCGGAAGGAGAAGGAGCAGCGGCGCCUGCCCAUCGGGAGGGACGAGCUCAUCUUCCUCAACAAGUCGCCCAACUACUGCGUGGAGGACCGGCGCUGGGGCGUGGCGGGCACCAGGGGGCGCCGCUGCAACCGCACCUCGGCCGGGCCGGACGGCUGCAACCUGCUGUGCUGCGGUCGCGGCUACAACACGCACGUGGUGCGCCACGUGGAGCGCUGCGAGUGCAAGUUCGUGUGGUGCUGCUACGUGCGCUGUCGGCGGUGCGAGAGCAUGAACGACAUGCACACCUGUAAAUGA